AUGAUCGAAGCGUCGACCAACGCGCUUCCUCGCCAACAAUAUUUCCAAACUCUGCGGAUCGACUGGUUCCCGGCAGGAAAGCGUUGCCAGGCGAUUAUUUGUCCUGAUGCUUACUACGAGAAGUACUCCAAGUCAUCCGAUUUCAUCAAGAAGUACAUAUUCCCUGGUGGUCACAUGCCCUCACUGGGUGCAAUAAACGCCGCUCUCCCUGAUGACUUGCAAUUCGGAGAAAAGCACCAUAUCGGCCGACACUACGCCACCACUCUGGAUCACUGGUUCAGCGCAUGGAUGAUGUGCAAGAAGGACACGCUAGCCCUCGGCUACUCAGAGACAUUCCACCGACGGUGGCAGUACUACUUUUGCCUCUGUUCGUCGUUAUUCGCUAAUGAUAACAUCGAUGCCGUUCAGUUCGUGUUGAACAAAUGUUAG